GGUUUUCCUUAGAAACACCACGCUAAAAGUAAGACAAUCGCACAAAUCCCUUUUAAAUCAAAUGAACCGAGGUUUUUCAGGCCGAACGAAACCGGAGAACCACUGAGGUUUCAGAAUGCCAUCAAACGCCAAAGUUUUUAUUCACUAUGGCCCUUAUGAGGCCUGUGGUUUAGUUCAUCAUAGGAAGACACGCCUGGAAGGACUGGACACUGUUUUGACACAAGAUGGACACACAGUGGAAAAAGUUGAAGUCCCAGAUAGAAAUGUUGUACAACUCUGGGUUAAUGGAGAGAUGGUCUUUAGCUGUGAUAUUCGAGACUUAGAUUAUGGAGGGGAUGGAGACUUAGAUGAACUGUGCCACAAAGCCCGAGAUGCUGUUCAAAAGGCCUUUUAGAAAACUGAAGAAAGCAAUCACUCAUCACUCAUGUCAGAGAUCGAACACUGUGAAGCUCACAUACAUGUGGAUCAUGUAGUUGAUUUCAUCCAAAAUUGUGAUAUCUCAAACAUGCCAUUUCCUAGUUUUAAUGUAUAUAUGUAGGCCUAUUUACUGUUGAACAACCAUGUCCCUUGACAAAAGAGAACCUUAGCUCAGUUUUGUGUCAGGCAGUGGUUACAAUGUUACAAUAUCUACUUAAUUUUUUGUAUACCUGUGCAUUUGUCAAUAAAUAGUCCUUGCAGAAAUUCAUUCUUGUUGUUGGC